GUAGGGAGAGGAAGGAAGGAAGGAGGGAGGGCCGGGGGACGCGCGCGCGCUGCAAGCAAAAGUUGCGUCUUUGUCAUGAGAAUCCAAGUCCAACGUAACAACACACAAAAUGAUGAAAUGACAUGAUCUUUUUAAUUGCAGAUGGGUAUAGUUUGAGCAUGAAUGCAAGACGGAUCGCUAUCAGCUAGUCUUUCAUAGCAAAAGACAACAAGCAAACAGUAUUAACAACACGGCAUUAAAAUCUGACUCUAUAAAUACAGUAAGCAUACAUACGAGAGAAUUCAUUCUCCAACAUAUAUAUGUGUCGCACCCAUUUCCUUUAUAUCACGUACAGAGAGAGGUUCUUUAGCAUGAGUGCGUCAGGAAACAGCGUCCUCGAUGACUCCGAGUCCGGCAAAAAAACAUCCUCCGUGCUAAAGCUAUUUGGUUUUCCAGUGGCGGGCACUGUCGAUCAUGUGCCCGUAACAGUGCCAUGUGAUGCAGAUAGAAAGAGAUUGUUCGAGUGUCAAUACUGCCACCGAGGGUUCUCGAAUUCUCAAGCACUUGGGGGCCAUCAAAAUGCUCACAAGAGAGAGAGGCAAUGGUUCAAGCAGGCCGAGUUCCUAAACGAUCAUCAUCGACGGUCUGUAGUAGCUCUUCCAGUUAUUGUACUUGGGCAUGCGGGGGGAUCAGAGCCGUUGUUUCGCUCCAGUACUACUGGGUCCUCGAGCAGGAGAGUACUUGACCGGCCACUUCAGUCACCUACGGCGGGUUCGGCUGAUCUAUCCUCUAGAAAAGCACAGUUGAUUGAGGAAGUAUGUGGAAGAGACGAUGUCGAUCUCCGCUUGAGGCUGGCACCGGCCUCAAAGUGAUCCUUAAUAUAUAUACAUACAUACAUAUAUAUAUAUAUAUAUAUGAAUUUCUUGUACAAACUAAGAAAUGAAGAAUGUGUCAUCUCUAGGUCUGGAUCAACAUAUAUAAAUUUGAACCAAGAAUCGAUGAAGUCAAAGUAACAGUAAACAAUAUAGAAUG